AAGAUUCACAAGCACACCCGCUGCUAAUCAUACAACGCUGCCGGACAGACGGUUAGAAGUCCAAAAUUUGUAUAGGCAUUCGGAUAAGUUCAGAAUAUCUAAAGCAACCGCCGAAGGCAGACGUUCGUUCAUAGAUUUGUUUGCUGCGUCUCUCUAACCCUGCCACCGCCAAAACCACCGCCUCAUCCGCCGUCUCUCAUUUGUAUUUAAGCAUUUCAACAUUAUAAAGAAACAAAGUGUGACAGCAUAAAUCCAUACCAAAAUACAUAUAAACAACAGCAGCAGCAACAACAACAACAAGUUUCAAACAUAUUAGCAUAGCCAACAAAAUUGUGGAUAUAACAAAAGCAUAUACACUCAUAUCUUCUCAGUUCUCGAUCAAAUAAUAUUGUCAAAAUGGGCUGCACAUCGACCUGUAUGAAAUGUGUGUUAAAUCUGUUUAACGUUAUAUUGGGGCUUUCUGGCUUAGUUCUGAUCGUCUUUGGAGUAUCCUUGCUACAAUCAGCCAAUGUUGCUGAAAUCUAUGUCAUCAUCGCCAUGGGUGGCAUUAAUUUAGUAGCUGCCAUUCUGGGUUGCUGCGGCAUUUGCCAUGAAAAUGUUUGCAUGACUGCGACUUAUGCUGUAUUCAUCUUGUGUUCAUUGAUUGGCCAAAUCUACAACAAAAUUAGACCUGCUAAAACGGAUGACUUCAAAAGGAUAAUCCGCGAAAGUUUGCAAAAAGUUUGGAACUCUGAAAUUAAGACCCCCGGAGCAAUGGACUCAACUCAAAUAUCGCUCAAGUGUUGUGGUCUAGACGGUCCUGGAGAUUACCUUAAGAUUGGACGAUAUGUUCCUCCCCCCAGCUGUUUCCCUGAAGAUACCACCAAUAUCAGCAACUCAUACUUCACCAUUGGCUGCAUUCAUGCCACCGAGGAUAAAGUUUUUACCCUAUCCAAAUAUCAAACAUCAAGUGAAUGGGGCGUUAUUGCAGUAACAGCUGUUUUGGCGAUUUUUGCUAUAUAUCUGGUAUUCCGCUUCAACAACAAGAACCAUCGCUAUCGUUACUAAAUAAUUCAUCCCAUAUGUUAUGGAUAUAUGAAGACGUACUGAGCAAGAAGCUUUUUAAUAUUUCAAGUCCAAUGCAUUUUUUGUAUGAUAAUAUUUGUUGUUUACUUUGAAUUAUAAUUAACUUAAUUUUUUCAUUUUUGCAUAAACCAGACUGAUUGAUAUGAAUGUGGGGUCAGUGACAAGAUCUUUGGAAUGUUCCUGUUGCCAUUAAAGUCUUUUUUGGUCUUUA